AUGCCCGCCCACGGGCGUCGGCCCACCUCCGCCAAAUUCACAUCGACCAGCAUCUUCAUUCUCACCUGUCUCUUCUUCGUUCUAUACUACCACCCAAGUACACUAUCGACACCCAGAGACCAAGACCAAGACCAAGCCUACAAACAUGCUCACGAUCACGACCACUCGACAUACGAGUCUGGAUCCCGCCGACAAUCCGCCUCUCCGCGGAUCCCGGAGAAGAUAUGGUACAAAGUCGGGCCGAAAGGGCUGAGUGACCAGUCACACGCCUGGCUCGACGACUGUCUCCACAAAAACCCAGCGCACAGCGCGCAGAUCAUGACCGACACAACGGGCGACGAAUACGUCCAAGAGCACUUCAGCCAUCGGCCCGACAUCGUGGAACUCUACCUGGGUCUGGCAGUGCCGAUCUUGAAAGCCGAUCUACUGCGGUACCUGCUUCUGUACGCGGAAGGCGGCAUCUGGGCCGAUCUUGAUGUUUCGUGUGGAGAGGUGCCGAUCCGGGAAUGGAUUCCCGAGAGGCUGAGGGCGAAGGCGGGGUUGGUUGUUGGGUGGGAGUUUGAUGUUGGGUGGGGGGAGAAUAUCAUUCGGCAGUUUGAGAGUUGGACGAUUAUGGCGGCGCCGGGGUCGAUGCAUUUGUUGAUGGUUAUUAAUGAUAUUGUUGAUGCGAUUCGGGAGAGGAUGGAGGUGCAUGGGGUGUCGGUUGGGGAGUUGACGUUGGAUAUGGCGGGCAGUGUGAUUGAUUUGACGGGGCCUAGAAGGUUGACGAGGUCGGUUUUGAAGAGCUUGGGGAUGGUGAGGAAUGAGACGGUUGAUGUGAAGAGUAUUUCGCAUCUUUUGGAACCGGUACUGGUUGAGGAUGUUCUGAUCCUGCCGGGUUAUUCGUUUGCUUCGACUGCGAAUGUUUAUGCUAACAAGACUGGGCCUGCCUUGGUUACGCAUCAUUAUGCUGGGAGUUGGAAGAAUGAGAAUGGUGGUGAGGUAUGA